AUGAGGGAAAUCGUUCACAUCCAGGCGGGUCAGUGUGGCAACCAGAUUGGUGCGAAGUUCUGGGAAGUGAUCAGUGAUGAGCAUGGCGUUGACCCGACAGGGACGUAUCAUGGAGACAGCGACCUGCAGCUCGACAGGAUAAAUGUUUAUUAUAAUGAGGCAACAGGUACUGUAGGAGGCAAAUACGUGCCACGAGCCGUUCUUGUGGACUUAGAACCAGGCACCAUGGACUCUGUUAGAUCCGGACCCUUUGGACAGAUAUUCAGACCUGACAAUUUUGUGUUUGGUCAGAGCGGUGCUGGUAACAACUGGGCAAAAGGUCACUACACUGAAGGAGCAGAGGUGGUCGACUCGGUCCUGGAUGUAGUACGCAAAGAGUCCGAGAACUGUGACUGCCUGCAAGGCUACCAGCUUACACACGCGCUCGGUGGUGGAACUGGAUCGGGCAUGGGAACCCUGCUCAUCAGCAAAAUUCGUGAAGAGUACCCCGAUAGGAUCAUGAAUACGUUUAGCGUGGUGCCCUCCCCCAAGGUGUCGGACACGGUGGUCGAGCCUUACAACGCUACUCUCUCCAUCCAUCAACUUGUUGAGAACACAGAUGAAACCUACUGCAUUGACAAUGAGGCUCUCUAUGACAUCUGCUUCCGCACACUCAAACUGACCACGCCCACUUAUGGAGACCUGAACCACCUUGUGUCCUCUACCAUGAGCGGAGUCACUACCUGCCUGCGCUUCCCGGGCCAGCUCAACGCCGACCUCCGUAAACUGGCUGUCAACAUGGUACCUUUCCCCCGAUUACAUUUCUUCAUGCCCGGCUUUGCACCCCUGACCAGCAGAGGGAGCCAACAGUACCGAGCACUCACGGUCCCCGAGCUCACCCAGCAAGCGUUUGAUGCCAAAAAUAUGAUGGCGGCGUGCGAUCCACGUCAAGGCCGCUACCUCACAGUUGCCACCGUGUUCCGGGGGCGAAUGUCCAUGAAGGAAGUCGACGAGCAGAUGCUCAAUGUCCAGAACAAGAACAGUAGCUACUUUGUCGAAUGGAUCCCCAAUAACGUCAAAACCGCCGUCUGUGACAUCCCGCCCCGUGGCCUCAAAAUGUCCGUCACCUUCAUCGGCAACACCACAGCCAUUCAGGAGAUGUUCAAGCGUAUCUCUGAGCAGUUCACAGCCAUGCUGCGCCGUAAAGCCUUUCUGCACUGGUACACGGGUGAAGGUAUGGAUGAGAUGGAGUUCACCGAAGCGGAGGGCAACAUGAAUGAUUUGGUGUCCGAGUACCAGCAGUACCAAGAUGCUACAGCUGAGGAUGAAGGUGAAGGUGAAGAGGAGCCUGAAGAGGAUUAA